AUGAUCUCUUCAAAUUUCGAUCGAAACGCCUCAAAUCAAGACUCAAGAAAUGCAAAACUACCAUUUUAUUGCGUUAUACUUACUCUUCUGGUUGCAAUCGGUGGCUUUGAAAAUGGGUUGAAUACAGGCAUUACUAAUAUACCAGAACAAACAAUUAGAAAUUGUUCGAAUGGAUAUAAAUCCGUGCAAGGAGUAGGAGUGCCAUACUGUCUUCCAAUGGGGAACUUACUCUGGGGUUUUGCAACGGGAGGUCAUCCAUUGGGUGCUAUUAUUGGAGGUCUCUCAGCGGGUAGCUUACAAACAAUACUUGGCAGAAAAAAAGCGUUAAUAUAUAAUUCCAUUUUUUGGAUCAUCGGCGGAGUACUUCUCGGUGCGUCCGUAAAUCCGGGAAUGUUUAUAUGCGGACGUAUUCUUACUGGGAUCGGUACUGGUGUUGGUUCCGUCGUUAUUCCAACAUAUCUGGGUGAAAUCUCGACAAUCAGGUCACGUGGUUUGGUUGGAUCGGUUUAUCAAGAUUCUGUCGUGAUUGGAAUAGUUGUCUCCCAACUUAUUAGUUUGCCAUUAACAUAUAUUCCCGGCUGGCGCAUUCUCUUAACACUGACGUCAGCAAUUGCAAUCCUCCAAUUAAUAUUAAUACCUAUUAUAGGAGUGGAAACUCCAAGAUAUUUGAUUUCACAAAAUCAAAUCUCCAAAGCGAAAGAAACAUUACAAAAAUUAAGAAAAGGAUAUAACAUUGAUCUAGAAUUUGAUGAAAUACUUCAGGGACAAUCUGAAAAACAGAUUAAUGAGAUUAAUGAGAAUACUAUUGAGAAGGAUGAAAAAUAUAUACAAAAUUCUCUUGUUGAAACUAAUAAUCAAUUUGAAAUAAAGAAAUCAUCUUCAUUUAAGGAUAUUUUACAGGAUUCAUAUUGUCGCAAAGCGUUAUUUAUUUGCAUCGGAACACAUAUUGCACAACAACUUAAUGGUAUUCAAGCAAUCGUCUAUUAUAGUACUGGAAUUUUCUUAACUGUCAUGGGUGAUUCGGCCAAAUACGUAACUCUAAUCAUAGGUAGUGCACUCUUGCUAGUCACUUUAACGUCAACCUUUCUGAUAGAUCGAAUGGGAAGAAGACCAUUAUUACUAUUAUCUGAGAUUGGUGUUACCUUCGCAUGUUUUCUAAUCGUUAUUGGCUCAAUAUAUGAAAAUAACAUUCUUCUUAUUAUUGCAUUAUCGCUCUUGGAACUUUGCCGUUCUUUAUCAUCUCAGAUGGAAGAAGCUUUACAAGAUUAUACUUUCCUCAUUUUUGGUGUAAUUGGCGUUUUUUGCAUAAUCUUUAUCUGGAUUUUUGUUCCGGAGACCAAAGGAAAAAGCAUCGAAGAAAUAACUUCAAAGAAAUAA